UGGAAGGAGACACGUUGUCGUCGUCUUCCGCGUUUUCCCGGACCUCCUCCUCUGUGUGUCCUGAUUACACCGCGCUCUGCUCUCGCACGUUUCUGAGCUCAGCCCCGUCCCCUCCUCCUCCUCGUCCUGCUGCUGCUGCUCCCCACGACUGACUUAGUUGAAAGAAAAAAAAAUAAUAAAGUCAAUUAUACAACGUUUCGCUGUCCACCCACCCCCUCCUUCCUCUCUCACCUCUCUCUCCCUCUCCGGCGUUUACUAUCCGCCGCCUUUCCUCCACAUGCAGUGGAGUGCUGGGCCCCGGCGGACAGGCUCCAGCCAUGUCGGCGAGCAAUGCAGCGGCCGGCGGCGGUGAUAGACCGACGGGGGAAGAGGCAGAGAACAGAAGAAAAAACAAAACGGCACAACUUUUUUUUUUUUUUAAACGAACAGUGACAUCAUUCCCAUGCUCCCCCUCCUCCCCCGGCAAUGAUGCAUGUGUCGGAGGCAGUGUGGGAGGGAGCUGACCAAGAGAACCUACAAACGGCAGGGGAUGCAUUGGAGGAGAGACUCCAGAGUCACUCUGUCUCUAUUUCCAGUCUGGUGACCCCCCCUUCAGCCGCUGGCAUGGCCUCUGGCAUGGAGCUGCCGAGGAAACGCAAGGGCAGCACAGACAACAAGGAAACAAAAUCUGCAUUGAUGCUGGAUGAAGAUAUGCAGGAUGAACAAGAAAGGUCAGAAGGAGAUGAUCAGCAUGUGAAAAUUAAGUGUUUCAGAGAACCUCACAGUCAAAUUGAGAAAAGGCGGCGAGACAAAAUGAAUAACCUGAUUGAUGAACUGUCAGCUAUGAUUCCCACGUGUAACCCCAUGUCUCGAAAGCUUGAUAAACUCACUGUGCUGCGAAUGGCUGUUCAACACCUCAAAUCACUCAAAGGUGCAACCAGCUCCUUUGCCGAAGCCAAUUACAAGCCUUCAUUCCUGCCUGACGAUGAACUCAAGCACCUUGUCCUCAGGGCUGCCGAUGGAUUCCUCUUUGUGGUUGGCUGUGAUAGAGGGAAAAUAGUCUUUGUUUCAGAGUCGGUCUCAAAGAUCCUGAACUAUAGUCGGCCAGAGCUGAUUGGUCAGAGCUUGUUUGACUUUGUACAUCCCAAGGACAUAGGAAAAGUAAAGGAGCAGCUUUCUGCCUCUGAACUCUACCCACGGGAACGCCUUAUAGACGCCAAAACGGGAAUGCAGGUGCAGGCAGAUUUGCCUGUGGGAGCCGCUCGGCUCUGCUCAGGAGCUCGCCGCUCUUUUUUCUGCCGAAUGAAGUACAACAAAGUCACUGUUAAAGAGGAGAAGGACUUCCAGGCAGGCUCCUCCAAAAAGAAAGAAUCUCAGCGGUAUUGCACGGUUCACUGCACCGGCUACAUGCGCACAUGGCCCACCAGCCAGCUCGGCACAGAGGGCGAGGGCGAGUCCGAAAAAGACAGCUCGCACUUCAGCUGCCUGGUGGCCAUUGGCCGAGUGCACCCCCACACUGUCCCUCAGGCCAACGGAGAGGUCAAAGUCAAGCCCACCGAGUUUGUCACUCGCUGUGCCAUGGAUGGCAAAUUCACCUUUGUGGAUCAACGAGCCACCACUAUUCUUGGCUACCUGCCUCAGGAGCUGCUAGGCACAUCUUGCUAUGAAUACUUCCAUCAAGACGACUUGCCUCAUCUGGCAGACAGACAUAGAAAAGUGCUGAGAAGUAAAGAAAAGAUUGAGACAAACUGCUACAAGUUUAAAACAAAAUAUGGCUCUUUUGUCACCUUACAAAGUCAGUGGUUUAGUUUUAUAAAUCCCUGGACCAAAGAAGUAGAAUACAUAGUGUCAACAAACACAGUCAUGUCUGGUAAGAAUAAUCCCGGUGGAUCUGGGGACAAGUCAGAACAGCCUGUCGAGUCCAAGGCAUCUGAAGAUGAUGGCAAGAAGUCCCUACCCAUAAUCCCAGGGAUCUCCAAUGCCUCAGGCACAAUGAUUUAUGCUGGGAGCAUUGGGACCCAAAUCGCUAAUGAGCUACUGGACUUUAAUAGGAUUAACUCUUCCCCAUCCAGUGGCAAUGCCAGCCCCUUCAGUCUGCUUCAGGACAAGUCACCACUGGCCCUCACGCAAGCCAGCAGCAACGUGCCAAAUGGGGAAGCAACAGAUGUGGAGAUCCCAGGCAAAUCAAGCUCGGAGGAUGAUGCACGGAGUGGACCUUUUGCGGCGGGUGAAAAUCCCUUGGCAGAAGGAGGCUCUCAGUUGGAUCUGGAGGGGGUUCCAGGGCUGGGAAGCUUGAGCAGUGACGAGGCUGCAAUGGCAGUCAUAAUGAGCCUGCUGGAGACUGACGCGAACCUGGGAGAGGCUGUGGACUUUGACGAGAUGCACUGGUCUCUCUAACCUUACGUCUUUCUGUCUUUUUGUUUUUUUUUUAAUAGACCCUUUUUAUUUCAUGAUGGACUUUGUGUUUUUAAAGCAAACCAUCCGUUGCUGGGCAGAUCAUCCACAUUCUCCGGCUUUUGAGCAUUUUUAAUUUAUUAGUUUUUCUUGUGAAAGCAAUGCAGGAAGUCCUCCGAUGAUUCCUCAGUGGAAGAGAGUGAGAUCCUCAGUGAAAGACACCUCCAGUCUCUCUCGCAUUCUCUCUCUCUUUUGUUUUUGUUUUCCCUUGUUCUCUGUCUAUCUUCCAGCAGAAUGAAGAGCAGAAGGGUCUGCAUAAUAGGAAGCUAAGUACCUUAAGCAACAGGACUAGUUUUAAUGUAUUGGUCUGCUGGGAAUUUCUCUUCUCCAUCUUUGAGGAAGCAGGUUGAGGGACAUUGACCUUGCCCUGUUCUCCUGUACUGAAAAAAGCAUGUCUCAGCCAAGCCAUAAAGCAAGCGCCCAAACAGUCCACUGUUCUCCAGUGGAUCAAGGGACUUUAAAAAAAAAAAUGUUUUUAGGUGUCCUACACUUGAACUACGUAUGGAUAUUUUUAAGGCAAAACCGCACUGAAAAUUUUACAGGAUUCCUAUGUCCUUAAGGAUUCAAGGGAAGCCUGGUAGUUAUUAAGCUCUUAAACAAAAGGGGUUUAGAUGUGUAUGUGUUUUGUGAUGAGCCAGAACACCAUGAGGAUGAAGAGGAAGCUUGUGGUCAUUUGUCAGAUAGAAGGACUUUGUAGGGAGUCUGAAUUGGCAUUGGAGCCUGAAUACUUUCCUCCCUCCUGCUCCUUUUGUUUCAAACUCUGUUUAAAUGUGUUUCAUUUAUCAUUGGUUUAUCCUAUCAGAGCCUGUAUUCAUAAAGCUUCUCAGUAGUAGAGUAGUUAAUCAGAUUUCCUUCUCAGUUAUUAUGACCUUCCAAACAGGAACUAGAGGUGUAAUGAUGCCCAUGACUCUUUGCCUGAUACUGGGUUCACAUAGCAAUUUUCUCACUAUAUUGGACAAAAAUGAAGAACCAUUUAAAACUAAAAGUAAUUGCCACAUAAGGGGAAAAACUAGAGCUGGAAAGCCGAUAAGUGCAGGGUGUGAAACUAACAUACUGGAGUGAGCUUCAGGUUGCUGCUGUUUUUUUUUUUUUUUUUUUUUUGGUGUUAAAGCAAUGCAAUGCAAUUGUAAUUGGUAUUAUACAGUAAUUAUUAGAGACUAAUUAAUAACUAAUUAGUAAUUAAUAUAAUAGACCAGUUCACACUGUAUUUGGACUUGCAGGUUUUGUGGUACUUCUCUGUCUAGUGUCUAUCUUGCAUCUGGUCAUCAUAUGAUAAGCUUAUUUUAUACUCUAAAAUCGAAGGUGCUAAAGACAGUUCUUUAAAGCAGCAUUAUGCAAGAAUAAACAUUUCUUGUUUCACUGCUCCCCCUAUAGUCAGAAAGUGUCAUUUUACCCUUUAGCCACCGCUUACGGACACACUUAACACAAUGCUUUUCUUGGACAAGCUGAGAGAUGCAAGACUAUCACAAAAAGUGAAAAAAAACAUGUGGACUGAUGCAGUAGAUUCAUUUUACAGGAUUUUGCCCAAAUGUGAUUUUAUUUCUACAUAAUGUUGCUUUAAAUUCCUGCAAAAUUGAAGAACAAUUUAGUUCUGUCGCAAACUAUUUUUGAAGAAGAGGUGUGUGUGUGUUUCAAAAAGGCAUUAAAAAGGCUCCUCACAUGCAUUUACAAUUUAAAAAAGGUGGAACCAAAAGGGGUUCUUCUAUGACAUUGCUUAAUACCAUUUGGAAUAUGUUUCAUUUUCGUUAGGGUAAAUGUUUGAGGCACAUUAUUUAAAAUGUAUGUAUCUCAACAAUAUAAUCAUCUUGGCUUGUAAAAACUCCUGAUCACAUUGGAACAGAUGCAGGUAAACAUCAAAGUGUAAUAUCUACAAAUAAUACUAGACUCUAAUGAGGAGAGUAUUGGAGAUGUAUUUAUGAAACCAGUAUUUUUUGUAUGAAGGCUAUUUGUAUUCAUUCUAAUUAGUGUUUUACUGAGUAAAUGAACACUUAUUGUUGAGAUCACAAAUUUUACUCUAAUCUUUACAGAUGCCUAAAACAUUUGCACAUUAAAGUACAUAUAGUGAAAAUAUACCUGCAUGAAAACAUUCUAGUUUCACCACAAUUUCUGUAAACAGUUCUUAAGAUUGGUAAUUGGUAAAAUUUUAUCAUGUAGAAUAUAAUUGCAGUACUAAGUGUUUCCCACUCUAAUGUAGGUUGUUGUUAGUGUAACAUAUGCAUUGUUACAUCUCUGUAAUGAACCUUUUUGCAUGGUGUUAUCACAAUGUUUCAGUACAUUGUUAUAAGGCUGUGUACUGGCAGGAAGCCAGUGAUGUGAUGCAUAUUUCAACACAUGGAUAAUGAUUUAAUAUAUUUUUAAACAUACAAUGUUAUCAUUCACUAUUCAUUAUUUGUUAUUCAUAAAUUCUUAGUUACAUUUUCUAUUCAAUCUGAACAGGGAGAUAAGAGAUAACAUUGCUAUCUAAUGAUCAGGUAUAAAUGUUUUUACAUGUUAAUUAUUCAUUUAAAACAAUACUGUGUUUUUAAAAAUCUGUAAGGUAUUGCUAAUAUUGCAAUAAUUCAAUAUAUUGUUACUUUCUUACACCUCUAAUUGUUAUACCCCUGAUGGGAACAGCACUAAGGUCAGCCCUCCUACUCUGAAGCUUUAUGAAUACUGGCCCAGAUCUGCAGGGCAUUCAGUGCUGUUUUUGUAAAAGCUAGUAGUGAAUGCAGCAAAGCUGAUUGAUUCCGAUUGAUUGAGGCUGCCAAACCACAAAGGUAUUGUCUUUUUUUUUUGUUUCUUCUUCAGGAAAAGCUGUCUGAUAAACAAUAGGUGACAAAUCAGUGGGGAGGCAGUGUAAAUAUCAUUCAAAAAAAGUCCAGAACUCUCAGGGAGCAACUGAACAGGAAAUCGAUUGGUCACCAAUCAUGUACAAAUCUUACUGAUACUGAACUCAUUCGAUUUCUGCUUCUUUUGACAGGCCAAGGUGGUGUGCAGAUAGUGUGCAUGAUGGGGAUGGUAUGUUGUUUGUGCAAAUGUCAAACCUUUUUUUAUUUUUUCUUUCAUUUCUUUUCUUUUUAUCCCUGAAGAAACUCUUUAUGGAUUAAUGGAAAAUUGUGGGUUUUCAACAAAAUAUUUAAACAAGGUCAUUUUCAGGAGCAUUAUGUGAUAGCUUCAGCUCUGUGCUCUGCACUUUCAAGCUUCUCCGCUGUUAGGGUACUCAACAUUUCUGUGCUGUGAGUGUACCAAGUCUUUCAGUGGAACCACUUUAAAAUAAGGCUCCUUUAUAAAGGAUUUAUAAAUAGUUCAUAAAAGGGUUUAUCAGUGGUAUUAAUUAGGUUACUAUGAAGACCAUUAUUAAGAAUUUAUAAAACUUUAAUAGAAAAGGCCUGUCUCUUUUCCUCUACCCAUUUAUUUAUUUAAUAUUUUUUUAGAUGCUAAUCUUAAUUUGUCUGUUCUGUCAGUCAGUUUUCUGCCCCACUUGCUCCUCAGGUGCCAAGCUCACGUGGGUUGCCAGAUUGACGCACAGUGACACAGUGGUUUACUCUGUAGCUAAUUAGUAAAUGUUUAUGUUUCUGUGUCCAAAAUGCUCUUUUCUACAACAUUAGUAGUGGUGGUAAAUUACCUUGCUAUGGUCAGCAACCUUAUUGAUGCUCAAUGAUUACUUGUUCAGCAAAAAAAGAACAAAAACACCUCCUCCAGUUCUAUACAGGGGAUUGGGGGAAUGGCAGUGGGCAGAUUACCAUGACAUACUAUCCAGAAAAAAAAAAUGGCUGAAGCUCUACUGUCAGGAGCUGCCAGUGCUUAAACUUAGCACAAAUUUAAUUAAAUUAAAUUUAAAUUAAGUUAGUGUACACCAUAUCAUGGCAGGCCACUGUUGCCCUCUCUAUUUAUGUGUGGUAACUACUUAUUAACGUUUUUUAAGCAUUUACAACCUAAUUAAUAACAAACAAACUCCUUUAUAAACUUUUUAUAAAAUACUUAUUUAAAGUGGUACCCCUUCAGCUAAGAACGCACAAUCAGUGAAGUUUUAGGUCAGCCUUCCACAGUCUAAGCUGAACCACAUGCAAUAUCUGAGUAGAAAGAUGAAAUGAUACUGUAUAAUCGUAAUUAUCCAAACCGAUUGGCUGCUGGUGUCAACUUUUGGUUUGUUAAUUUAGAACUUGUUCCACAAUGUUCUGUGUAUGACCUAUCUGCAGGAGACUGUCUGUUUUGUUUUGAGGUUUUUUUCAUCCACCACCAUGUACCCCUUCCUUAAAGGGCAGCAACACAGUUGCCAUUCUGAAGGCAAAAAAGAAAGAAAGAACACGUUGGCGUCUGACUGCCUUAUGCAUUGGCAUGUGUUUUACUCUUACUGACAUACCAAAGUCAUUUCAUCUGACAAGACUGACCGACUAUUCAGGUUCUUAACUGCAGUGUAUCCUUAAUGUAUCAGAGCCAGCCGUCUUCUGUGACUCGUCUGUGUGUCGGUGUGCUUAUUUUCUACAGAGAUUUUACGAAUUGUCCUUGUUCACAUUAAUAUAAAAAAAUCGUAUAAAAUGUCAUAUAAAGCUACCACGACUACUACUUGAAGGGAGGAAGAUCCCAUCCCAUCCCCACGGUUCCACUGAUGUGAUGUCCGGCAUUGAGUCCACUGAAGCCUCUACUGUCCAAGAGCUCCACCUACCCGUUUCAGACACGACUGAGCUUGAGCUUGACCACAGUCCCCACCCCAAAAUAUCUGACUUUUUACCAAACACAUGGACGGACCAGUGAUUAUUUAGGACUCGGGGCAUUUCCUUGAAACCUGCUUGGUGUUUGAUGGGAUCAAUUGGAAGUGCUUUCGGGACUGUGUCAGACUUGCCAACGGUUCAGCAGCCUGGUGUGACGGCCAGCGAGGGCUUAGAUUGGUCAGCUGGGGCCUUAAGCACAGGAACAGCUGCUCUCUCUCCAAACGUAUGAACAACCAGUGAGCUGUGACACAUGUGCCAUAAUUAUUAAAGGCAAAAAAGAUUUAAAAAAUAAUAAAAAUAAAAAAUAUUUUUUUUUUGAGUUGUAUUGCAUUUUGUUUAGAAUCUAUGUACUGUGUGCAUUCACGCCCCCCUGGCAAUAGAGUAACUGUUGUUUUUUUUUUAAGUGUGAGUAUGUGCUGUUUGUGUCCUUUGCUGCAGUGGCACGAAGCAAAAACUGAGUACUGUACGUUAGGGUAGAACCACAGACCUUAUCUUCUACUGCUUCAGCCCUAGUUUAUCUUACCUUGAAAUAGCCUGCAUAUUUCUUUUCUUUUUGUUCCCUGUUUUUCUUCUAGUGAUAUCAAUGCAUGCCGCCUUUUUGUGUACCUGUUCAUUUUUCUUUAACUUUUUUUUAUUUGUUUAGUGUUAGGUAAAAGGUAUUGUUUGCCUUACGAGACAGACUGGGAUAUCCUUCUUAUUGGUUUGUUUUUUCCUCUCAUUUCGUCUUGGAGAGCGGUGGUUUAGCACGCUGAAGACUGUUCAUCCACUGGGGACUUCUUCUUCUUGGACACUUGCAGUUCCCACAAUUCCUCACUUCCAUGAACUCCUCGCGAGGGAGGAAUGUGGGUUGGACAUGCGCAGGCUGUAGUCCUGCAUGCAUCACUCUGUCCAGGCCUUUGCAAGAGGCUGUCUGGAAAAAAACAGAGGGACUUCAUCAUGGCCAGAUCUACGCAGCCUCCUCUUGUUUUUUUUUUUUUUGUUUUUUUUUGUCCUCAUUCUCCUCCACCCAUAAUAUUUUCAAGCACUUAAGUGUAUGACACCAUCGCUGCUGCUGCUGCUGCUGCUGUCAACAAGUCUGGUUCUUGGCAGCGAAGCUGUCUCUCUCCAGGCUGUCCUGUAAAAAGAUUCUUAAAUAAACAUUAGUUUCAUUUACAGUC